AUGGUUCCGGCGGCAAGGGUCCCAUCAACGACGAAACUGAAAGACGAACAAAAAGCCCUGCAUUACGAGUUGCACAAAAACAUUGCGCUGCAGCGUAGUGUGACCAUCAGCCAGGCGGAGAAAAUCCAGCACUUUCAGGAGGAGAAUGCGGAUCUGAAGAAACAACUUUCAGAAGCUCAAGCUUCCUCCAAGUUCGAGACUCUACGUGCUUCACAGAAGAAUCUUGAAGCAAAACUCGCAGAGGCAGAACAGAAAAUUUCUGAGAAGAACUCGGAGUUUGCUCGAAAAACUGGUGAGUUUGAGCUGAAAAGACAAACUGACAGCGACAUCAUCCAGAAGCAGCAAAGAGAAAUUGGAGGUCUUCGCAAGUAUAUGGAAACAACAGAGAGCUGCUGGGACCUGCUCAACUCCGACGUCAUGGCUGGAGAGGAAGAAGAUGAAGAUGUCUCUUCACCCGCCAAGGACGCAGAGAAAGAAGCUCCGACUGACGCAGGGGGAGCUGAGGCCAACGUGGAAACUUCUCCGGUUAAGGAGAAGUAA